AGAGGCAUUGAGUCAUCUCUUGAAAUUGGUGGAGUCAAGGGUGCAUACAAGGUAUGUCUGUGCAACAUUGUGGAAACAUGGAGGCUGAUGAAGCUCAAAAUUUAAAGUUGGACAGUUUAGGCUUCUUCAUGGGUUUGUACUUCUUGCUGAGGAAUGAGGACCAUUUUGAUGAUCUCAAGAGGGCUACAAGGUCUGAGUUUAAGUGGGAGAAACCAGAAGGUUGCCCUGAUAAUAUCCCUCUCUAUGAACUUGCCAGAGGUGGUUAUAGGCAACUUGCUAAAAAGCUUUCUUGCCAUCAGGUAUGUCGAUUCUUACGAGUUUUUAGCUUCUUGAGCUUCUUUAGACUGAUUUAUGUUGCGCGGAAAAUGGGUCUGCUUAUAGCAAAGAUGUACAUGUGUUUCUACGGGUCAAAUAAUGCAGAACAUCCUGAGUGGGAGAUAAAGAAUGGGUUUGUAAUUUUCCAUAGGGCAAAAAAAUCUGCGGCUUGCAAGGAGAUACUGUCUCUGCAACUAAUAAACCAGACACUCAGUUACGCAAGGGAGUUGGAGUGGAUAGUGUGA